AGGAAUUUCAGUCGGAUUCUUCAGCAUACAAAUUUACAUGACUGGAUUCAAUAGAACAAUUGUUAAGUGGAGUUCAAAAAUGCCACUUUUUUAUAGAUACUCAUUUAAAAUAGGAAGCUACAUAACUAUCGCUAUGCUUCCUUUUGCAAUUUGCAUUGUAAUUGGUUCACUUUUCACCGGUUCAUCACAUGAAAGUAUUUCAACUUCAACAGACAACAAUUAUCAGAAAAUGUCACGACUGGAAAUUCUUCUACCAGGAAUAAAUCUUCCGUUGAAUGAAAUUAUUUAUUAUAUAAUGGCACUUCUUAUAUGCUCUGUGGUGCAUGAAUUAGGACAUGGAAUUGCUGCUGUGUUAGAAGAUAUUCCAGUGAUUGGAUUUGGACUUAGUUUAAUAUUUAUUGUUCCUAUUGCUUACACUCAGAUCGAUAAUGAUCAUCUUCAAGCUGCAAAAUUUUGGAAGAAAAUCAAAAUAUAUUCAGCUGGAAUUUGGAAUAACAUAGUUUUAGCUGCGUGGUGCUACAUAAUUCUUCUACUGCUCCCAAUAUUUUUGUCGCCAAUUUACACAAUGAAUGAAGCAGUAUUUGUUACAAAAAUUAAAGCAAAUGCUCCAUUAAAAGGUGAAAAUGGUUUGUAUGUUGGCGAUGCAAUAACACAUUUGAAUGGAUGUAAAGUUAGAAAUGAAAACGAAUGGAUUGACUGUUUGAAAGAAGCGAUGUUACAUCAUCCAGGAUUUUGUGUAAGUGAAGAAUUCGUACACGAGAAUGAAGAAUCGAUUCAUGAAGUAGAGCAUCGUAAAGAUGGAACAAUUACAUGUUGUCCUGAAAACACGGCACUGAAUUGUUUUGAGAAUUAUGACGAAGAGAGACUGCCUCAAUAUAUUUGCUUGAAUAUUAGAAAAACAGUGGAACAUGCAAAGAGUUAUUGUCAAACAUCUUCAUGUCCUGAAAGCACUUCUUGCAUCAAACCAAUUCUUCCGAAUUCAACGACAGUGAAUCAUAUUAAAAGAAAGAAUCGAACAAAAGAUAUGAUUUAUUACGGACAUCCUUAUGAAAUCUUCAGCAAUAUUGAAGUCUCAGAUUUUGUACCAAAGACAAAGAAAUUCGAGCCAUGGAUUGGCAAUUCAAUUGCACUUUUAUUGAAAUAUCUUAUUGUGUUCUCUUCGGGACUAGCAGUAAUUAAUGUCGUUCCAUGCUAUGGACUUGAUGGUCAUCAUUUAAUAAAUACUUUGAUAGCAAAAUUACCUUUAUCUCAUUCUAAUAAAAGUAGUUUAUCUUUUGUAAUUAAUUUAUUUGGAUCCAUAACUUUACUAUUAUCGAUUUUAAAAAUAUUGUACACAACUUUUAUGUAAAUAAAUCUGCCUAUUUUUUCUCGACACCGCUGAGUUCUAAAGAAGUUUUAAGUUCUUUUAAAUAUCUAAGUCCAACUUGAAUCGACAUUUUAACUGUAAUUUCUUCUGUUUGAUUUUUAUUUCUCCUAAAAUCUUCCCUCAACCAGAUCUUCAACUCCUUUCGAUUUGCCUCAUCUGGUACUUUGUUGAUGUUUCUAUAGAUAUCUCUAUACAGCUUCAACACCUCUUGUCUAAGCAUAAACUGCUUCAAGUUUAAUGUUGGUUUCACGAUUUUUGACAUUUAUUUAUUAAUUAAUAAAAUUCCAGUUCAAUGACUUCGUAAUUUUCUUUUCUUCUGGAACUCUUUAGUUAUGUAUUUUUGGAAAUAAAACUAAUUG